GGGAACCAAGAGGGAAGUGCCGACUGCACCGGCGGAAACAGACAUGCCUGCAGCCAAGAAGCAGAAGCUAAGCAGUGACAAGAACAGCAACCCGGACCUCACUGGAGAUGAGAAGGAUGAUGCUGUCAGUAUAGAAAGUGGUAUAAACACUGAACGCCCUGAUACACCUACAAACACAGCAAAUGCACCUGGAAGUAAAAGUUGGGGAAAGGGAAAAUGGAAGUCCAAAAAAUGCAAAUAUUCUUUCAAAUGUGUAAAUAGUCUCAAGGAAGAUCAGAACCAACCAUUAUUUGGAGUUCAAUUUACCUGGCAUAGUAAAGAAGGAGAUCCAUUAGUGUUUGCAACUGUAGGAAGCAGCAGGGUUACCCUAUGUGAAUGUCACUCCCAAAGAGAAAUCCUGUUGUUGCAAUCUUAUGUGGAUGCUGAUGCUGAUGAAAACUUUUAUACUUGUGCAUGGACAUACGAUAGCAAUACAAGCUAUCCUCUGCUGGCUGUGGCUGGCUCUAGAGGCACAAUUAGGAUAAUCAACCCUAUAACAAUGCAGUGUGUAAAGCACAAUGUUGGUCAUGAAAAUGCUAUCAAUGAACUGAAAUUCCACCCAGGAGAUCCAAAUCUCCUCUUAUCAGUAAGUAAAGAUCAUGCUUUACGAUUAUGGAAUAUCCAAACAGACACUCUGCUGGCAAUAUUUGGAGGAGUAGAAGGGCACAGAGAUGAAGUUCUAAAUUUGAUACUUUCCAAGUCUUGCGAAAAUGCCAUUGUAUGCUGGAAACCUGGCAAAAUGGAAGAUGAUAUAGAUAAAAUUAAACCCAGUGAAUCUAAUGUGACUAUUCUUGGGCGAUUUGAUUACAGCCAGUGUGACAUCUGGUACAUGAGAUUUUCUAUGGAUUUCUGGCAAAAGAUGCUUUGGUACCCUUAA